AUGUUCCGACUCCGUCGAUAUCGCGUAUUCCUGAUAUGCGCCUUCGUCAUCACCGUCCUGCUGUACCAUGUCUCCAAGAAUUCACAAUGGGAUAGGACGCAAGAGAUAUGGCAUACCAGCACAAGACAUCGGGAGACAAAGGUCGAGACGAAACCGGCCGAGAAACCCCAGGCGCCCGUUGUUGCCAAACCGCCCGUUGUCAAGGAAGAUCCAGCAGUAGUGGAGGUCAAGCCGCCGGCGCCCAAGGUCCAAGUUGAGGAGAAACCAACGCCCGAAGUGGUAGACGACCACGACCACGACCACGGACACGGCGACACACCAGUCAAGAUCCCAAGCCUAAAGGAGGAAAGCAAGGGGAAGGGAUCCUACGAUUUGCCUACCAAACCGCCCCCCCUCAAGGGCACCCACGAGAAAGAACAGCCUCCGAAGGAUAAAUCAACAACCCCAGCCACGAUCCCCGACCGCCUCCUCGGCUCAGGAAUCGGCUCCCACAACUACGACAACACCCCCUCCGAACCUGAUCUAGAAACCACCUCCACCACAGCAGUCCACUGGACCAAACCCUCGGAAUGGUUCCCCAUCCCCCCCGAAUCCAUCAUCCCCCUCCUCACCGGCAAACCAAAGCCCAUCCCCACCAUCCAG